GUAUUCCCUACAAAAGCUCACCAAGACGAAUCUCUCCUCUAUUGCGCUGAAAACACGGGGUAAGAGGUCGUGCGGUGUGGCAAUUAUGUAGCUGAAGGCUCGUCCUUAUUUUGCACCGCCGCCUCUUCCCCCCCCUCCCCCCAAAAAGCUCCGCUGGCUUGGGGAAAAGGAGUGGCCAGUGCGCCUGCGCGGUCCAGCCCAGCUGCUACGGUGGCCACUAAGAGUCAGAGGCGACUGCCGGCCGGCCCACUGCGUCCACCGUGCUCCGCGCGUGGGUAGCCUCGUCUCUGGAAAAGAGCUGCUUUGGGGACUGAAAUUGCAGAAGUCUGCCAGAAAUCAACAUGGCCAAACGCAUCAGCCAGGAGACCUUUGAUGAUGUGGUACAAGAAAACAUCAUGGAGUUUGACAUGGACCCUGAGGAGGCUGUGAAAGAAGCCAUCCAGCAGUUUGAAUCUCAAGGGGUUGAUCUGACCAACAUUGUAAAAACAAGACCCAAAGCAUCUGCUUGUGGUGACCAGGGGCCAAAGCAUGAAAUUUUGCAGGCACUGGAUGCUCUCCAGAAGUCUGUUGACUCUGCCACUUCUCAAGAGGUGGUGGAACACCUCAUGAGCUUCAGUGAGCAGUGCCGGGGGCAGGUCUCCAGCCGUUACCUGGCUGCAGAGAAGGGCGCAUAUCCUGUCGUACUCUCAGCCUGUCAGCGAGCUGUGACAGAAGACCAGGGCUUCUUGGUGAAGGCCCUGAAUGCCCUAGCUGCCCUGACCGAGGGUCAGCCAGACCUGCUGGAUCCCAAGGGGCUACAGCUGCUAGUGGACACACUGAAGCAGCACUUGGGGGUGGCUGAAGUGACCUGCUCUGGCCUCCGCUGCAUUCGCCACGUCUGUCUGAAACAUGAGCAGAACCGGCAGAACCUGGUGAGAGCGGGCAUCCUGCCUCUGCUGACGGGGACCAUCGAGAGGCACAGCUGCAGAGCUAAUGUGGUCAAGGAGGCCUGCUCUGCUCUGAGAGUCAUGACCUUUGAUGAUGACAUCCGAGUGCCCUUUGGCCACGCACACGACCACGCCAAGAUGAUAGUGCAAGAGAAUAAGGGCUUAAAGGUUCUCAUAGAAGCAGCCAAAGCAUUCCCAGACAACCCUACUCUUCUCGGCGAGCUGUGUGCUACUUUGUCCCGCCUGGCUGUUCGGAAUGAAUUCUGUCAGGAGAUCGUUGACCUCGGGGGCCUCAAAAUUAUGUUGACCCUCCUGGCUGACUGCUUUGACCACCCGGAGCUGGUACGGCAGGUGCUGAGCGUCCUCCGAGCCAUCGCCGGCAAUGAUGAUGUAAAGGAUGCCAUCGUCGGUGCAGGUGGAACAGACUUCAUUGUGAUGGCGAUGACGCGGCAUCUCUCUAGUCCCCAGAUCUGUGAACAGAGUUGUGCAGCCCUGUGCAUGCUGGCCCUGCGCAAGCCUGACAACAGCCGGAUGAUCGUCGAGGGUGGGGGGGCCUUGGCAGCCCUGCAGGCCAUGAAGACCCACCCGAAGGAAGUCAGUGUGCAGAAACAGGCUUGCCUGCUGAUCCGUAACCUUGUAGCCCGCACACAAGCCUUCUCCCAACCCAUCCUGGACAUGGGGGCAGAGAAGCUUAUCACAGAAGCCAGAGCCACACACCAGGAAUGCGACGAUGUGGCCAAGGCUGCCCUUCGGGACCUGGGCUGCAAGGUGGAGCUUCGGGAGCUGUGGACAGGAGAAAAGGGGGACCUGGCUCUCUGAGGCCCCUUCCUCCACCAACAGGCUUCAGGAACAUUCUACACCCCAAACUGGGCCCAUGGACAGCAGCGACUCAGCUGGGGACAAUGGUCACCCUGAGAUGUCGUGGUACAAUGCUACUCAGAGGCCUCACGGAGGAGUCUAUGGCUUCUACUGGCUCAGAAGCCAAGUCCUGUACCUCAAGCCCCCUCCAUGCAGCCUUAGUACCACCUCUAGCCUGUGUGCUUUUCCUGAAGGCCCCAGGGAGCAGACUGGUUUGGGCGCAGUGGGCCCCUUCCUCCUGGGGUGAUUGUGGCCGGGCUGUCUUGUCUGCUUUAAUAUGACAGUUUCUCCAUGUCCUGUGUAUCUUCUAUUUUAUCAUCUUUAGGUGAGAUAGCCAGAGUCAUCAGUGGAAGGCCAUGAAGCCCUUCUUAUCUCCUUUACUUAACCUUCCAUAGCUUAAAACAGAGUGAAGAAUGUUGUCUGAGAAGUACUUCUCAGACCCUGAGGGCUGAGCAGUAUAAACCUGCCUCCCCAUUCAUUCACCCCAUGGCUGUCCUCCCUCUAGGGGCUUGCCACCAGUCUCGCCCUGCCAGCCCUCGGCCUUGGGUCCCUCCCUCAUCUUCUGCCUCACUGCCAAAUGAAGGUGGAGAGAAUCAUAAAAGUGCUGACUGGAAAUGGAUGUUACAUAAUCUUGCUUAAGCCUGCCUUUGUUGGUCCUCAGAUAAGACACUCAGGGCAUUUUCUAUGGCUGUGCCCUCACCCAUGGAAUGCUCUCCUUUAAGUCCAACUAAAAGCCCUACCCAACCCAUCUUCAUGCUGGUACUUUCUUGCUAUGCAUUAGUUCUUGUUUAUCCUGUACACAGCUUGUUUGUACCUCCUUUUUGUUUGCUGUCAUCCUUACUAGCUUGUGAGCGCCUUGGGGGCAGGAACUAUCUUUUGCCCUUCUUUGUAUUCCCAGAACUUAGCAUAGUAGCACAGUGCCUGGGGCACACAACAGGUGCUUUUUUUUUUGUUGUUGUUGGGGUGCAUUGAGAGUUAAGGGACUUGCCCAGGGUCACACAGCUAGUAAGUGUCAAAUGUCUGAGGCAAGAUUUGAACUCAGGUCCUCCUGAAUCUAGGGCCACUGCUUUAUCCACUAGGUGCUUUUAAUAAAUGACUGACUGUCAAGGCAGGGUACUUGGGAGUGCCCGGUAGCUCAUGAUAGCAGCCCCAGCCCCAGGUGAUAGGCUUAUUAUUCUCUGACAGCACUGUCCUAAGUUCUAGAGCUGGCCAAGUCUGCUUCUCUGCUCCACCUCUUCCUUCCCCUCAAGUACCUUGGCCACCCAGCCCGCUUCUCUUACUGGUGACCUGGUCUCUAGCUUUCCCACCUACACUUAUGCUCCACUCUAUCUGCCUGCCAGUUAAUAAUGGCAUCAGAAGCAAAUGCCAACUCACUUGUAGCUGUUUGAACAUUUUUUAUCACUGAGGAAUCAGUUCUUUAAAUCUGGUUGUCAGACUUGUCUGCUGGAGUUUGAUUCACAAGAGGAACAAAAGUAGAUGCUGAUAAGUUAUGGAGGAAUGUGUCAAGGUAGCUAGGUGCCAUUGUGGAUUGAGCACUGGGCCUGGAGUCAGGAAGACCUGGGUUCAAAUCCUGUCUUAAGAUGUGAGCUCUAUGACCUUGGGCAAGUCACUUAACCUCUGCCUCAGUUUCCUCAACUAUA